UUGCCUAGCAGCGGAUCCGGCCGCGCGACUCUGGGUAAUUUGCGGGCCGUUCAGCCAAUGGGAGGGCGUCGCCCCGGCCCGCUCCCUUUUUCUGGGGCUACAGGCGCCUCCUCGGCACUGCGGUCGCCUCCUCGAGCCAUGCCGGGCUUUGCGGGCCUGUAGCUCUGCGGGCACGCGGGACCCACUCCGGCCGCACCCCCUGCACGCCUCCCUCUCACAGCCACCGGUGCACACCCGCACCGCGCCCGCGCCCGCUCCUGAGCGGCCCCACUGAAUCCAGCGGCGCCCCGCGGUACAGGGACACCAAGGCCAGCCUAUGGGCGUUCCCCGAUAACGCGAGUUGGGGGCGCCCACGCCCCCCAUCCCUGCCUGCAUGGCUCGGCCGCCGCUCCUCAGGGAGCUGCCCCCGGGCUACGCACCCCCAGCUCGAUCGGCAGCACCCCAGGUGAGUGGAGGGGAAGACGGAAAAUCAGGACCAGGUCUAGAGACCCCAGGUCUGUGACUCGGCCUCUGCAAGGUGUGAUGUCUCUAAGUGCCUUGUGUUAUCGCCCUCUUGGGAAAGGUUUGUUUGUGUGUCUGCCUGUCUGUCUGCGUCUCCUCGGCAUCUGGCUGGUGAGAGUGAGUGUGUCUGUGGGUUCACCUCUGUGUCCACCUGAAAACAGAUGUAUGUAUACUGUAUAUAUGUGUGUAUCCUACUCUCAGAAAACAGGUUUUUGCCUUCCUCAGGUGUAUAUUGGGUGGGGGGCAGGAAAUGGAGUUAAAUCUUUUUGCAUGUUUGGGCCUGGGUCUGUGUAGGUCCUCGCUGUCCUGCAUCCAGAAACCAAGAAGCCAGGGCUUGACUGAGGGUGUACAUAAGGAGAAAAGGGAAGACUUGCAUGCAUCAUUGCAGUAAUGCCUGGCUGACCCUUCUCUUUCCAUCCCAGAUCCCACUCUGGCUUCGUGCUUACUUCCAGAACCUGCUCUUCUCUCUGGGCUGCGGGAUCCAGAGACACUGUGGCAAAGUGCUCUUCCUGGGACUGUUGGCCUUUGGGGCUCUGGCAUUGGGCCUCCGUGUGGCCAUCAUUGAGACAGAUCUAGAACAGCUUUGGGUAGAAGUGGGCAGCCGGGUGAGCCAGGAGCUGCAUUACACCAAGGAGAAGCUGGGGGAGGAAGCUGCAUACACCUCCCAGAUGUUGAUACAGACCCCGCGGCAGGAAGGGGAGAAUGUUCUCACACCUGAGGCACUUGGCCUCCACCUCCUGGCAGCCCUCACCGCCAGUAAAGUGCAAGUGUCACUCUAUGGAAAGUCCUGGGAUUUGAACAAAAUCUGCUACAAAUCAGGAGUUCCCCUAAUUGAAAAUGGAAUGAUUGAGCGGAUGAUUGAGAAGCUGUUUCCGUGUGUGAUCCUCACUCCCCUCGACUGCUUCUGGGAGGGAGCCAAGCUCCAAGGGGGCUCUGCCUACUUGCCGGGCCGCCCCGACAUCCAGUGGACCAAUCUGGAUCCAGAGCAGCUGCUGGAGGAGCUGGGCCCCUUUGCCUCCCUUGAGGGCUUCCGGGAGCUGCUAGACAAGGCACAGGUGGGCCAGGCCUACAUGGGACGGCCCUGUCUGCACCCUGAUGACCUCCACUGCCCACCUAGUGCCCCUAACCACCACAGCAGGCAGGCUCCCAAUGUGGCUCAGGAGUUGAGUGGGGGCUGCCACGGCUUCUCCCACAAGUUCAUGCACUGGCAGGAGGAACUGCUGCUGGGAGGCAUGGCCAGAGACCCCCAAGGACAGCUGCUGAGGGCAGAGGCCCUGCAGAGCACCUUCCUGCUGAUGAGUCCCCACCAGCUGUAUGAGCACUUCCGGGGCGACUACCAGACACAUGACAUCGGCUGGAGUGAGGAGCAGGCUGGCACAGUGCUGCAGGCCUGGCAGCGGCGCUUUGUGCAGCUGGCCCAGGAGGCCCUGCCUGAGAAUGCAUCCCAGCAGAUCCACGCCUUCUCCUCCACCACCCUGGAUGACAUCCUGCACACUUUCUCUGAAGUCAGUGCUGCCCGUUUAGUGGGAGGCUAUCUGCUCAUGCUGGCCUACGCCUGUGUGACAAUGCUGCGGUGGGACUGUGCCCAGUCCCAGGGUGCUGUGGGCCUUGCCGGGGUGCUGCUGGUGGCCCUGGCAGUGGCCUCGGGCCUUGGGCUCUGCGCCCUGCUUGGCAUCACCUUCAAUGCUGCCACUACCCAGGUGCUGCCCUUCUUGGCGCUGGGCAUCGGUGUGGAUGACAUAUUCCUGCUGGCCCAUGCCUUCACAGAGGCUCCACCGGGCACCCCUCUUCAGGAGCGCACAGGUGAGUGUCUGCAGCGCACGGGCACCAGCGUCGCACUCACGUCCAUCAACAACAUGGUCGCAUUCUUCAUGGCUGCCCUGGUUCCCAUCCCUGCACUGCGGGCCUUCUCUUUGCAGGCAGCCAUAGUGGUUGGCUGCAAUUUUGUAGCCGUGAUGCUUGUCUUCCCAGCGGUCCUCAGCCUGGACCUGCACCGGCGCCACUGCCAGCGCCUUGAUGUGCUCUGCUGCUUCUCUAGCCCCUGCUCUGCUCGGGUGAUUCAGAUUCUGCCCCAGGAGCUGGAGGAUAGGACAGUACCAGUGGCCAUUGCCCACCUGACUGCCACAGUUCAAGCCUUUGCCCACUGUGAAGCCAGCAGCCAGCAUGUAGUCACCAUCCUGCCUCCCCAAGCCCACCUGGUGCCCCCACCUUCUGACCCACUGGGCUCUGAGCUCUUUAGCCCAGGAGGGUCCACACGGGACCUUCUAGGCCAGGAGGAGGGGACAAGGCAGAAGGCAGCCUGCAAGUCCCUGCCCUGUGUCCGCUGGAAUCUUGCGCAUUUCGCCCGCUAUCACUUUGCACCCUUACUGCUCCAGUCACACACCAAGGCCAUGGUGUUGGUGCUUUUUGGGGCUCUUCUGGGCCUGAGCCUCUACGGAGCAACCUUGGUGCAGGAUGGGCUGGCCCUGACAGAUGUGGUGCCUCGGGGCACCAAGGAGCAUGCCUUCCUGAGCGCCCAGCUCAGGUACUUUUCCCUGUACGAGGUGGCCCUGGUGACACAGGGUGGCUUUGACUACGCCCACUCCCAAAGCGCCCUCUUUGAUCUGCACCAGCGCUUCAGUUCCCUCAAGGCUGUGCUGCCCCCACCUGCCACGCAGGCACCCCGCACCUGGCUGCACUAUUACCGCAACUGGCUACAGGGAAUACAGGCUGCAUUUGACCAGGACUGGGCUUCUGGGCGCAUCACCCACCACUCGUACCGAAAUGGCUCUGAGGAUGGGGCCCUGGCCUACAAGCUGCUCAUCCAGACUGGGGAUGCCCAGGAGCCUCUGGAUUUCAGCCAGCUGACCACCAGGAAGCUGGUGGACAAGGAGGGGCUGAUUCCACCUGAGCUCUUCUACCUGGGGCUGACCGUGUGGGUGAGCAGUGACCCCCUGGGUCUGGCAGCUUCACAGGCCAACUUCUACCCCCCACCUCCCGAGUGGCUGCAUGACAAGUACGACACCACCGGGGAGAACCUUCGCAUCCCGGCGGCCCAGCCCCUGGAGUUUGCCCAGUUCCCCUUCCUACUGCAUGGCCUCCAGAAGACUGCAGACUUCGUGGAGGCCAUUGAGGGGGCCCGGGCAGCGUGUGCCGAGGCAGGCCAGGCCGGGGUGCGCGCCUACCCCAGUGGCUCCCCCUUCCUCUUCUGGGAGCAGUAUCUGGGCCUGCGGCGCUGCUUCCUGCUGGCUGUCUGCAUCCUGCUGAUGUGCACUUUCCUCGUCUGUGCCCUGCUGUUGCUCAACCCCUGGACAGCUGGCCUCAUAGUACUGAUCCUGGCGAUGAUGACCAUAGAGCUCUUUGGCAUCAUGGGUUUCCUGGGCAUCAAGCUGAGCGCCAUCCCCGUGGUGAUCCUUGUGGCCUCUGUAGGCAUUGGUGUCGAGUUCACGGUCCACAUGGCUCUGGGCUUCCUGACCACCCAGGGUGGCCGGAACCUGCGGGCUGCCCAUGCCCUAGAACACACAUUUGCCCCAGUGACUGAUGGGGCCGUCUCCACGCUGCUGGGUCUGCUCAUGCUUGCUGGUUCCAACUUUGACUUCAUCGUAAGGUACUUCUUCAUGGUACUGACGGUGCUCACACUCCUGGGCCUCCUCCAUGGGCUCGUGCUGCUGCCUGUGCUGCUGUCCAUCCUGGGCCCCCCAGCAGAGGUGGUACAGAUGUACAAGGAGAGCCCAGAGGUCCUGAGCCCCCCAGCUCCACGGGGAAGAUGGCUCCGAUGGGGCGUGUCCACCACCCUGCCCCAGAGCUUUGCCAGAGUGACUGCCUCCAUGACCAUGGCCCUCCACCCACCUCCACUGCCUGGUGCCUACAUCCACCCAGCCUCUGACGAGCCCACUUGGCCCCCUGCUGCCACACCAGCUGCCAACGGCUCCAGCAACCUCGGUUCUAGGGGACCGUGUCCAACAACAGGGUGA